AUGGCUGUCAGCGCACGCACAUCCGAGUUCCGCCAGGCCGUAGAUGAGAAGGAGAGGGCAAUCCCAGAAGCAAAGCGGCGGAAGCUCUCUCGAUCACCCAAGCGCCUGACACCAGAAAGUGAGAGGUUGGAAGCGUUGAACAAGGAGUACACAAAGGAAGCCUACAACGUCCUCAGCCACAUCGGCACCCUGAGCCGGAUGCUCUCCUCCGUGCGGAAAGCGUAUCUGAACGUCGACGCCAGGAACCCGCCCAUGCUGCGCCAGACCAGUCGCACCAUUGACCUCGCAGGCGUGGAGCAGUCGUGGGGCGACCUCCGCAACCUGACGAACGAGGAACGGGACAAGAUCGAUCUGCAGGCCCGGGUCAUCCUCUCGCGCUGCAAAGACAGGGUCGCGCAGCUCGAGGAGCUCGAGAAGCGUCGUACUGCCCUCGCCGCGUCGCAGCAGAACCCGUUCACGCGCUUCCUCCCCGCCCGCCUGCGACAGGACGACGCAACAGCGACGUCCGACUUCGUCGCCGCCCACCACGCUUCCGUCACCUGCGAGGCCGGCCAGCUCCUGCGUGACAUGCAGGAGGAGCGCAUGCGCCGUCAGCUCGAGCGCACGCGCACGCUCGGCUCCGGUGCCGCGCGCGACGCCGUCUUCCUCGGGGCGCACCCGCACCCGCCCGCGCCGCCGUCCCCGGUAGAGUCCACGGCGAGCGGGAGCUGGCUAGGGGGGGCGUCAACGGGGUGGCGCGAGCGCGCUCCCGGCACGUCGCUGCGGGACGAGUGGUCGGAGACGGACGAAGAGGAGCUAGAGCUAAGCGCGUCGCAGAUCCAGCAGUUCGAGGAGGAGAACGCAAACAUCCUCCAGAACGCGCAGGACACGCUGCAGUCGGUGCAGCAGGCCGAGGCGCGGCUCAUGGAGAUCAGCGCGCUACAGAUGGAGCUCGUCACGCACCUCACGAAGCAGACCGAGCAGACCGAGCAGCUGUACGAGGACGCGAUCGCGACCGCGGCGACGGUCGAGAGGGGGAACGAGCAGCUGAAAGAGGCGCGUCGGAGAGCGAGGGACGGACGGCAGUGGAUGUUGUUCUUCCUCAUUGGAGCGAGUUUGUCGUUGCUAUUUUUACAUUACUACUAG